GCAGAUUCCUUAUAUUUCAUAAUGACUGACGUUAGAAAUAGCGCUCUAGAAAAAUAUUCUCGAGGUGUAUACCGAACACUUUUUCGAAGAAACUCCGUUUUUUUGCUUGGAAUCUUUGCAUCAGCAUUUGCUUUUGAAAUGGCCUUUGAUUCCGCUACAGAUAGAUGGUGGGACAGAAUUAAUAAGGGCAAACAAUGGAAAGAUAUAAAAGAUAGAUUUUCUCAAUAAAAUAAAGGAGAAUUAUAAAUUGCAAAAAAAAAAAAAUUAUGGUUAUGCAGUGCAUAUUUAAGUAUUUAAUUAAUUAAUUUUUCAUUAUUUUAUCUUUAUUUUUCUAUAUUAAUUUCAAUAAACGAAAUUAUUUAGUUGAAUUAUGAUGAAUUAUUUGAAUUUUGCGAUUUCCAUUUUGCCCAUUCUGCUAAUGUUUCAUCACUAAUAUAAUCAUAUCUCCAUAUAU